AGUCGCCGUGCGUGCCUUGUGCUUGGAACUGGCACGAAAACGCGGGAUAUAUCCCGCAGUGUAUUAUGGCCCAGCUGGAAACGCGCUGAGGAUCUCGGGCAUGGGGCAGAGCAUGUGCGUUUCAUGAAGUGUGGGGAGUCGAGGAAUGCCCCUCUUCGCAGAAGAGCAAGACCUCAGCAGCAGAGCGAAAGUGCUUCCGGUGUGGGAUACCCGAGCUCAGGGGAUCAGGAGAUGGAGGGACUCCUCCUGAAAGGGGGUACAAGAGGAAUUCGAGGGAGUCAUGGAGGAGGAGGAGGAGUUCAGUGAACAAGUAAAACCUUGGAAACCCCGUUUAAAGGCGGGAUUCCCGGAGCGCAGCAGCCCGUCUCUCUCUCUCUGCGCUUCUCCGCUCUUUGCCAAGCGGUAGAGCCCGCCGGUGUCUGGGGCGGGCUGCCAGCCCCUAGUCCCGUCUCCUUUCCAGUCCUGGCUGGGGCCUGAUCCUGCCCACGUCGCGGAGGAGGAGGAGGAGUCCCCUGGCUGGCGGCGCUGACGCCGACUUCCCCUGCGCGCCCGCGCCGACUCGCCGAGGAAUCUGCUGCACGCGCGAAUCUUCCUCUGCUCCCAGGAACCAUGACUGAGGCUCGCGUUGGUUCUGGAAAGGUGACUCUUUUCUGCCAGAACAAGCAAGAGAGCCUCUUCUACCGCAUUCCAGCACUGCUGUACCUGGCCCCGGAGUCCACGUUUCUGGCGUUUGCAGAGGAGCGCUCAUCACUCAGGGAUGAAGACGCCAAGUUUCUGGUGAUGAGACGAGGGCUGAAGAAAGGGACCUCUGUCCAGUGGGGUCCUCAGGCGCCCCUGAUGACUGCCGCGCUGCCCUGCUACCGCACCAUGAGCCCUUGCCCGGUAUAUGAGAAGAAGAGUGGCACGGUUUUCCUGUUCUUUAUCUGUGUGUUGGACCACAUCACAACACAGUGCCAGAUUCUGAGAGGGAAGAACGCUGCCCGGCUGUGCUACGUCUUUAGCCGAGAUGGAGGCCGCACCUGGAGCAAGACGACGGACCUGACGGAGGAGGUGAUUGGAGAGGACUUGGUCAACUGGGCCACCUUUGCUGUUGGGCCCGGCCACGGGGUGCAGUUGAGCUCUGGGCGCCUGGUGAUUCCGGCGUACGCCUACUGCAUCCACAAGCGUUGCUUCUGUUGCUCCUUCUGCUGCAUCAAGCCUCACUGCUUCACUUUCUACAGCGAUGACGGGGGACAGAAUUGGGCCCAGGGCCAGCUCCUUGAGAGCUUGAAGACAACAGAGUGCCAAAUUGCUGAGGUGACCCUCCAGGAUAAAAGCCACAUUUUAUACCUCAGUGCCCGUAAUUCAGAUCGGGACCAUUGCCGGGGUGAAGCCUUCAGCAAGGACAACGGAGUCCAGUUUGAGCGGCCUGUCCUAUGCAGGGAGCUGUCUGAGCCACCACAUGGAUGCCAGGGUAGCAUCGUGAGUUUUACCCCUGUGCUGGGGCCCUCAGGGCCGGGCCAGCAGGAAGGAGCAGGCAAUCUGACUCAUCUGCAGGGCAUCCAUUCCUCCUUGGCCUCCCUCAAGAAUUCCACGUCAUGGCUGGUUUUCUCCCAUCCUACCAGCAAAUGCAAACGCCUGGAUCUGGGCAUCUACUUGAAUGCUUCCCCACUGGAGAAGGGAUCCUGGAGAGCUCCCUGGUUGCUGUACAAAGGGCCCAGCGGUUACUCAGACCUGGCCGUGUGUGAGGAGGAGAAGCCGCUGCUGUUCAGUUGCUUGUUUGAGUGCGGCGUGUCCAGCGAAUGUGAGGAGAUCUCCUUCCAACUCUUCACGGAUGCUGAGCUCCUGAGGAAUGUGGAGGAAGGGGUUCCUGCCCUCAGAAGCCCAGCUGCCCUAAACUAAGCUCAAGGAUAUUCCGUGCCCUAGAACUAGGGCCCAAGUUUCUUGGGGGAAAGUGUUACACUUUAUUGGGGUCUAGGCGGGCCUGAACGGAGCUACAAGCCCAAUACCAUGAGGAAAGAAUUGGGGCUAAAUUUUAGGUCAUGCAAACUCCACCCCCACCCCCGUAUUUGUACCGUAUGUCCUGAUCUUGUACAGAGAUUUGCUGGAGAUCAUAAUCCUGUUCACAUGUUGCAUUCAACACCUGUACUAUCUGUAUACAGUGGACACAUGUACGGUUAUUCAAACAUCAUGUUCAGCACAUGUACUAGAUUCAGCUUCCUCUCUGUACCCUGCAUUUGAAGGGGGCUGUUCCCAGGUUCACUUCUUAAAUGAACACAUUCACACAGAAAAGGGUACAUGUAAACAAACAUCCAAACCCAGGUGCAAGUUAAUGUCUGAAUACAGUUUCUGAAUAGGGCUAAUCAGAAAGAGAUUGAGGAUAGACCAAGCUAAAUUGAAGGGCAGAACUGCGUAGAGAUUGUUGAUUUGGGUGGUAUAACAAUGCUAUAAAUAAUUCUGACAGUAACUACUUGCCCAGGCCCUCUAGGUGAGGGAAAGCCAUGUGUUAUCGUAUAUGGGACAUGCUCUCUUAAAAAUUACCAGUGUCCAGAGGGCCUUUGUUGCUUGACUAAGUGUUCUCUUGAAAUCUGGUUCCUGGCAAGAUGUGUUAGAACCCUCUGUAGCACACUGUGACACAUUAGCACACCAUUUUGAGAGUAACAUCUCUCGCAUUCACCAGGAGUUGGACUCUACAGCUGAUGCAGUGUCAUUGGGAGGGUGUCCAGAGUACCACCUGGUCCAGUUUUGCUGGAAGAGUUUCAAUUUUUCGUGCCUGAGGAUGUGCACAAGGUGUUCAUUCAAGUUUGACGUACCACGUGCGUGUUUGACCCUUGACCUUCAUGGCUUAUUAAACCUAGUACGGAGCAGUGUUCCCUCUAACAGGGAUUACCAGAUAUUGUUGACUACAACUCCCAUAACCCCCAAGCAAAGGCUAUUGCAGCUGGGGAUGCUGGGAGUUGUAGUCAGCAGCAUCUGGGAAUCUGUGUUAGAGGGAACACUGGACCCAAGGGUUAGAAGCCUGCACUGUUGAUAGGAGUCACUGACCCCAGAAGAUAUGUGAGCCAAUAGCCUCCAGUCUCCAGAGGGCAUUCAAGAAACUGACCAGGUGCCAGAGGCAGGGAACAGGGUGACUGGACGAGUGCCUGUCCCUUGUGUGUAAUUUAAUUGAUAUACCACAUCGCUGCCACACUACUGUGUUUGGCUAUAAACACAAUAAUAAUAAUAAUUUAGUAAUUACACUGUAUUUGUUAGCCAUCCCAUAACAAAUUGUUUUCUGGGCAGCUCACAACACAGCAUUAAAACAUCCAAUAAAAAUGCAUAAAACACAUCAAAUCACCACACACACAAAUACAAUUAAAAACAAUUUAAAAACUUCUUUUUUAAAGAAAAAAAAAUCAAUUUUAAAAAGCCUGAGUGAACACCUGGCAUUUAAAAGAACAAAGUGAUGACACCAGGCCAAGCUCACUGGGGAGGCUGUUCCAUAAACGGUGCUACCACCCAAAAGACCUCCCUAGUAGGUACCUGCCUUACCCUGCCUCAGAGCAGGGCCUCUAAAGGAGAUCUUAAGGUUUAGGUUGGGACAUAUGGGGCAAGAUAUUCACUCAGGUUAACUGGUCCCAAGCCAUUGAGGACUUUAAAGGUUAAAACCAGCACUAAAGCAGAAACUAAACAAAGCUAUAGGACACCAAUUGUCCAUUUGGUUUUCAAGACAAGGCCGUUCCUGUAAAUGUCUCAGACUCAGAACAGUCAAGGGAUUGUUGGGGGUGCUUUGAAAGGUGCUUUACACCAGCCCCAGAGAAAGAAUACUUGGAUGGCUGCUGUUUCUAACAACCAACAGGUCUUCCUACCAGCCUACCUCAUUGUCGAGUGCAGAAAACCUGUGGCGAACACAGCCUUACGCUAAUAAGUACAAAGAGAGACCUAGUGGCCAAUAGUUCCAGGUUUCCCUCAACUGUGGUUUUAGCUCAGGAAUUUUAGGCCAUGUUUGAUCAGCCAGCUCCUGUGACCAAUAUGAGAGCUUUGGCCAGAACUGUUACGUAUUCCUCACCUUCUGCUUUUGUAUUUUAAAGAAAAAAACUUUCUAAAAAUGGAUGGUGAUGCUCUCAUCAGCUUUGGGAGCAAAUAGCCAUGUGAGAUAUCUCCAACCUUUGAUGGAACCACAUGUGGACUCUAAAGGUUCCAUCUACGUAUCAAAGCAUUUUUAAUGGAGCCCGUUUAAUGGAAUCCACUGGAGCUGCUGGUAUGGGUGCUUCUGCCACCAUCUUGGAUGCCAUGAGUCUGGCUCAAAUGUGUGCUCCCUAAGCGAACAUCUGCUCUACAACUUGAUAUCUGGUUUUUGCCAGUUAGUUUUAACUGCCAUGGCCUGCCCCCACAAAUCCUGGAAAUUCUGCUUUCAUGAGGAUGCUGAGAAUGCUCUGUCAGAUUAAUCCUUAGUCCCCCAUGCAGAACUACAGUUUCCAGAUUUCUCUGGAAGAGGGAGAUUGCUGUUAACUGGUUUUAAGUCUGGUGUAGAUUAGCCUUAAAGCCAAAUGCAUUGGAAAGUAUACCUAUCUUUGGGUUGGUAUCUGGUGCCAUCACUGGGAUUUCCCCUUCCCUCCUUAUCCAAUGAUUUCCAAUACUGUCCAGCCUUGAAAGACUGAAUGUUCCUGAGUCGCAGGUUUGCAAGAAAUGUCAGUUUCCCUCUAUGUGGGGCUGCCUUUGUACGUAGUCCGGAAACAGCAGUUAGUCCAGAAUGCGGAAGCCAGGUUGGUCUCUGGAUCAUCUUGGAGAGACCAUAUCACUCCUAUCUUAAAAGAUCUACACUAGCUGCUGAUGAAUUUCCAAGCAAAAUACAAGGUUUGGGUUAUCCUCUCUAAUAAAACGCUUGGUGUCCGUGCCUCCCUGGCCUGUUCUGGGCAUGCGUGGAGUGCAUGCCCAGUUCGGCCGAGACAAAAACGGACACAGCCACCAGGCAGCCAUCUUGGAGGCUUCGCCCGGCCGCGGAAAGGACAGAAGCGGCCGCCGCGAAGCCAGGGAAGAGGAGGUGGGGGAAAUUGGCCGAGGCGGCGGCAGAGCCGGCCCAUGUCAGUUGGGGGGGAAAAGUCCUUAAUUGAAGAGGGAGA